GUGAAGCGCUCAAGGCAGUGCUGGCAUAAGGCCGGUUUGCGUCACCGUGACGCUGCAGGCAUACUGUCAUACUGAACAGACACAACUCAUAAUUUCACUAUCACUUCUUCACUCUAUUCUUUGUACGCGCUACAUCUUUUACAAGUUCAUCCCCUUUCGUUUCACUAUGGAUUCGCAUGAACUUAUCAAUGCGCAAUUCCAUCGGGCAGUGGAGAUAGUGCAGGGCCUCCCAAAGACUGGGCCCAUACAAACUGGCUAUGAGGAGAAACUGACGAUGUACAGCUUGUACAAGCAAGCGACUCUUGGAAAUGUCCAAGGCGGUCGUCCAGGCAUGUGGGAUAUGCUAGGCCGGGCAAAGUGGGACGCAUGGGCAAAGCAUAAGGAUCUUGAUCUAUAUGAAGCCAAAUGGCUUUACGUGGAUGCUUUACUGAAGGUUUUAAGUAAAUACUCGGACAAGACCGUUGCUCGUGACCUCAUGAAUGAACUCCAGUCUUAUGGUGGUGACCCGUCAAAUCUCGUGAUGAGCCAUUCUCUUCCGAGGUCGCGGUCCUACUCCCGGUCGUCAAGCUCCAGUGCCUCAGAUAGCGAUAUUCAUCGAAUUCCCGGUCAAUUAUUUUCCUCUACCCUUCCAGAGGCCCAAUAUACUACACAAUUAGCAGUUAUGGAGGACAGUGGCUCGAGCUCUGAAAACGGUGAAUCAGGCGACGAACCACACGAACUCACAUCCGUGCGUGAGCCUGUUCAACAGCCAAGACCACUUUCUUCCAUGUCUUCAAGAUAUCGUACUCCUGCAACGGGCUCACAUGCCAUGUUGCCACCACUUGCUGGGCUCGCAAAUAUUCCACCGAUGCAACCAAUGCCCACAUUCCAGACGCAAUCCGCCUUCGUUAGUCAAUCAGCACCAAUAGCAUCCUCUUCUGUAUACCCUCCACCAGGACACUAUUCUGGGACGUACCAGUCGCCCGAGUUUGCACCGCAGAUUCAGUCGGCUCUCUCCCUCCGAGGGAGUCGGUCUCAUGGCGCUGAAGCACCUAUACGAACACCCUCACGGUUACCCCUGGAGCAAGCCGUCGAAAACCUUCAGACGCACCUUGCCGCAAUAACAGAACGGCUCGAUAUGCUCGAGUCCCAGGUGGUGCAUCCGCAACGAUCCACCGCUUCGCUUCCCCUGAAAAGCUCUUCCGGUAGAGGCAGUCCGACGGAUAACCGUCCUGAAGAACUCGAAUGGGAUUUGGAUGAUAUGGGAAUGUGGUCGUUUGUUCUGAAGCCAUUGUCACGGAUGGCACUGUCAUUGAAACAGCUGGUUAUAUUUUUUGGUCGAAGCGAGAACCGGUCUCCGGUCCUCACUAUUGUGCGGAGACUGUUACUUGAUAUAUCAUUUUCUUUAGCAGUUCUCGGGUUGCUGAGACUGACGUGGAAGAAAACGGCUACAAGACGGAGGGAGGUUAAUGCAGCCCUUAUAUUACUAUGGGCUGCUUUGUCUGGGAGGAACAGGGGAAGACGGAUGAUCAGUGGUGUGUAGUGCUUACUUUUUUCACUCGUGGGUGGCUCAAGAGUAGUCAUUAAUGCUGCAUUUAUACCUCGAUGCCCAGAAUUAUUUACUUCGCCCCAAAAUCUAUUUAAGCUUCACAAUUGCUGAUACAUUUUCACUUCGUGUUCAACAGUUAUUCGAGGUUUCAAGACUAUCAUUCGUGGUCACAACUGGUCCUAUCCUUUUACUCCGUCAUAUCGACGACACAGCGGAUACAGUCACCACCCUAGAAGUCAAGUUACACUUCCGUUGGGUUGAUAAAGGAGGGUGAUACGUACGUGCAUGUCGUGGAAACCCUCGUUGAUUUCCGCAAAUUUGCGGUGGUGGGUGACGUAUUCGUCGAUCUUGAGCUUGCCUUGCAAGUAGUCUGUGGUAAAUUACAUUGUUGAGGGUAUGAAUUGAAAGUACUGAAAAUCGAGUCACCUUCGACGAGACCAGGAAGCUCA